AUGCGUAUGGCUAACAACUUGGCUCAAUUAAAUGGCAUCCUUAAGGAUCAGUUGGAUCAGGCUAAUCAAGCGUACCAAAGCGUCAAUCAGGAGGUGAGUCGAGUUACUCUUGUCUGGAGACAGACUGCCCAACAACUGGACCGUCGGGAAGCUGAAUGGCGCGAGGAGGAGACCGCAUUCAAUGAGUAUUUUGCGGCAGAGCAUAGUCGUCUGUUGACUCUCUGGCGUGUUGUCGUCUCACUGCGACGUCAGUUCUCCGAGAUGCGUCUCCAGACGGAGCGAGACCUCUCGCAGGCUCAAAGUGAACUUACACGUCACAGCCGCAGUUUACAAUCGGCCUGCGGGAACUUGGCGGCCAAUUUGGAAGCAGUAGAGGUUCGAAGGUCACGUGAGUUGACUUCCAACGAGUCGUCGGCAUUGUGUCUUCGCACCGUCCUCGACGCUGAAUCAAAAGUUCGAGUACACACUUUGACGGAGUCCUUGUCGAAAAGUCAGAUGCGCCUGAUGGAGGCCGAGGCUAGACUCGCGGAGGUGACGCGUGCGAAUGAGAAACUGAGUGAACAGAACACAGAAAGCCAGACAACUGGUCAGAAGCCAGAUUGGUGA